CGUCUGUGACGGCAGGCGGCGGACGCAGCGCGCAGGGGCCACAUCCACCAUUUUGGCUGUUGCCCGGGCGCCCGAACUGUGUGAGUUAGGAGGCAGGCCCACUGCUCUUUCGUAUCCCAUCGCGAGGGACACGGUGCGUUUUGGUUCAGAUCAUUUUCGGAUCCGUUUAAUCCCCACCGUGGCCGGCAGUCCGAGUUUCGCAAUGAUGUGUCCAUCCUGAGAAGUCCGGCCCACCCCGGCUGUCCCUCUUCCCCUGCCUCCCCUCCCUUACCCCCCGCCCCCCCAAAACCUCGUCUUCGUCUCCAAGACAUGGUGCCCAGUGAGGAGAACCAGCUGCUACCCACAGAGGGAAUGUUCUGGAGUUGCAGACAAAGUAUCUUUGAUGAAAUGAAGAAGAAGUUAUCUCAGUCAGAGACUGCAGCAGAUGAACCACGGGUGCUGUGCAUUGUUCAGGACACCACCAAUGCCAAGGCAGUUACUCAGCGGCUCACCCUAAAUCUUCCUGCAUCUACUCCGCUCAAACGGCUGUUUGAUGACGUAGCAUCUAAAGCGGGUUACGUUACUGGCACCUUUGAAUUAGUCUGGACCAAUGGUCUGAACAACGCUGACCAGAGUCCCCUGGAUUACUCUAGUGAAAAAUCUCUUGCUGAUUCUGGAUUUGAACCAGGAAAGAAAAAUUUUCUUCAUCUCACUGAUAAAGAUGGCGAACAACCCCAGUUUGCAUCGGAUGAGUCUGGUACAGCAGAAAGCAGUGGACAUGAUGACAGCGCUCAGGAAAGGAUUAUUGGCCCUCAGCUAAGGGAAAACACUGUGGGUUGUGGAGAGUACAGUAGUCAGAACUACUCCUACUCUUCUGUCCUGGGAAAGUCAGAAACUGGAUAUGUUGGAUUGGUGAAUCAAGCUAUGACCUGCUACCUGAACAGCUUGCUGCAGACGCUCUUCAUGACUCCUGAGUUUAGGAAUGCACUGUACAAGUGGGAGUUUGAAGAAUAUGAAGAGGAUCCAGUGAUCAGCAUUCCUUAUCAACUCCAAAGGUUGUUUGUGUUGUUACAAACUAGUAAGAAAAGAGCAGUGGAAACAACAGAUGUGACUCGAAGCUUUGGCUGGGAUAGCAGUGAAGCAUGGCAGCAGCAUGAUGUUCAAGAAUUGUGCAGGGUUAUGUUUGAUGCAUUGGAGCAGAAAUGGAAGCAAACUGAACAGGCUGACCUCAUCAACCAACUGUACCAAGGAAAGUUGAAGGAUUAUGUCAAGUGUCUGGAAUGUGGCUAUGAGAGCUGGAGAAUUGAUACAUACCUUGACAUCCCACUAGUUAUCAGACCAUAUGGUUCCAACAUGGCAUUUAACAGUGUGGAAGAGGCGUUGCAAGCAUUUGUUCAGCCUGAAACUUUGGACGGCCCCAAUCAGUAUUUCUGUGAACGCUGCAAGAAAAAAUGUGAUGCACGCAAGGGGUUAAAGUUUCUACACUUCCCGUACUUACUGACACUGCAACUGAAGCGCUUUGACUUUGACUAUACCACAAUGCACAGGAUUAAGCUGAAUGACCGAAUGACCUUUCCAGCUGAGCUCGACAUGAGUCCUUUCAUAGACGUGGAAGAGGAGAAAUCUCCUCAGACUGAGAGCUGCACAGACAGUGGUGCUGAGAAUGAAGGAAGUUGCCACAGUGACCAGAUGAGCAAUGACUUCUCAAAUGAUGAUGUUGUGGAUGAAGGAAUAUGCCUGGACAAUAACAGUGGAGGUGAAAAAUCCUUAAAGGCAGGGAAUGAAAAGGGUGCCUGGAUUUAUGAGCUCUUCUCGGUUAUGGUUCACUCGGGGAGUGCUGCUGGUGGACAUUACUAUGCCUGUAUUAAAUCAUUCAGUGAUGGACAGUGGUACAGUUUUAAUGACCAGCAUGUUAGCAGGAUUACUCAAGAUGAUAUUAGGAAGACGUAUGGUGGCUCUACAGUAACCAGAGGAUAUUAUUCCAGUGCUUUUGCCAGCUCCACCAACGCAUAUAUGUUAAUUUACAGACAAAAAGAAUCUACAAGAAAUGCAAAGUUCUUGGAGGUCCAUGAAUUUCCUGAGCACAUCAAGCAUCUAGUCCAGAAGGAGAAAGAAACAGAAGAACAAGAAAAAAGGCAGCGGGAAAUUGAACGUAACACUUGCAAGAUCAAGCUGUUCUGCAUGCAUCCUGUGCGGCAAGUAAUGAUGGAAAACAAACUGGAGGUCCAUAAGGACAAAACAUUGCAAGAAGCGGUGGAGAUAGCAUACAAGCUGAUGGAUUUAGAAGAUGCAGUUCCAAUUGACUGCUGUCGUUUGGUCAAGUAUGACGAAUUCCAUGAUUACUUGGAGCGUUCUUAUGAGGGAGAGGAGGAUACCCCAGUUGGGCUACUUCUGGGUGGAGUUAAGUCGUCAUAUAUGUUUGAUUUGCUUUUGGAAACAAGACAACCUAAUCAAACAUUUCAGCCUUACAAAUCUGGGGAAGUGAUGGUGAAAGUACACGUGGCCGACCUAAAAUUGGGAACUCUGCUUCCACCCAUCAGCAUCCGUGCUUACCUUAAUCAAACAGUCACAGAGUUCAAGCAGCUCAUUUCCCAGGCCACAGGGCUCUCCUGUGAGACAAUGCGUAUUGUACUGGAACGUUGUUGUAAUGAUCUGCGGUUGCUUUCUGUACCUAACAAAACACUGAAGGCAGAAGGAUUCUUCAGGAGUAAUAAGAUAUUUGUUGAAAGCUCAGACAUCCAGGAUAAUCAAACGACUUUCACUGAGUCGCAACUGUGGCAUCUUCUAGACCAGCAUGCCAAUACAAUUCGACUAUAUGUUUCAUUGCCAGUACAGUCACCGGGGUCCCAAGGACUAAGGUAUCAUCACCAAAAAGCUGCAGGGGAUCCAGGCAGCCAAGAGGACAGCUAUGAAUGUGCAAAAGCGUCUCCAACCCACAGGAAACCUGUGGAAGCCAUUUUAGAAGAAAGCACAGAGAAAUUGAAGAACUUGUCAUUGCUACAGCAGCAGCAGUCAUCCUGCGCUCCAGGGGAAAAUGGUGACGGUCUCAAAAGUGCAGAAGGCAGUGAUUUUGAAACCAUUGAGUCGCCAUCACAAGAGGCUGACUCUUUAACCUCUGUGGACAACAGGGAACUGGAAAACCGGAUUCCCUCCUCUGGUCCAGAGACCCCACUCCAGUCAGAAGAACGGUCAGAUUCUGAUGUAAACAAUGACCGGAGCACGAGCUCCGUGGAUAGUGAUAUCCUCAGCUCUAGCCACAGCAGUGACACUUUGUGCAAUGCAGAAACAGCCCCUAUGCCCCUGACAAACGGGCUGGACUCUCACAGCAUCACAUACAGCCGCCGCUCAAAGGCCAAUGAAGGGAAGAAGGAAACAUGGGAUACGGCAGAGGAGGAUUCUGGAACAGACAGUGAAUAUGAUGAAAAUGGGAAGGCCAGGGGAUUGACACGGUACAUGUACUUCAAAGCAGACCAGUGCACUUCUGAAAAUGAAUCAGGUUUGUUGGUGUUUGUUGAUAAACGCAUCACGUUGGCUGCCUUUAAGCAGCAGUUGGAGCCAUAUAUUGGAGUUCCAUCAUCCCAGUUUAAAGUCUUCCGGGUGUAUGCUAACAAUCAGGAGUUUGAGAGUGUUCGAUUAAACGAGACUCUUUCCUCAUUCUCUGAUGACAACAAGGUGACUAUUCGACUUGGAAGAGCUCUACGGAAAGGGGAAUAUCGUGUGAAAGUGUACCAACUACUGGUGAAUGAUCCAGAGCCCUGUAAAUUUCUGCUCGAUGCUGUGUUUGCUAAAGGAAUGACAGUGCGCCAAUCAAAGGAGGAACUCCUUCCUCAGCUGAGAGAACAGUGUGGGUUAGAUCUUAGUAUUGACAGGUUUAGACUGAGGAAGAAAACCUGGAAAAAUCCUGGGACAAUAUUUCUGGACUACCAUAUCUAUGAGGAAGAUAUCAACAUAUCCAGUAACUGGGAGGUUUUCCUUGAGGCGCUCAAUGAGCCUGAGAAGAUGAAGUCUCUGUCACAGUUGGCAGUGUUGACCAGACGGUGGAGGCCAUCCUGCAUGAUGCUGGAGCCCUUUAAAGAAAUUGUCCUGGAGAGCAGCAGUGUUGAGGAGCUGAAAGAGAAGCUACACACAAUCAGUGAAAUUCCUAUUGAAAACAUAGAAUUUGCGAAGGGCCGGGGAACAUUCCCAUGUGAUAUUUCAGUACUGGAAAUUCACCAGGAUUUAGACUGGAAUCCUAAGGUCUCAACUCUGAAUGUUUGGCCACUUUACAUCUGUGAUGAUGGAGCAGUCAUCUUUUACAGGGACAAGUCAGAGGCCCAGAUGGAGAUGAGCGAAGAGCAACGCAACGGGCUGCUGAAGAAAGAAAGCAGCCGGCUGCAAAAAUCAGGUCACCGGGUAAAUUAUUCACCUCGCAAAGAGAAAGCACUGAAGAUCUAUCUGGAUGGUGGCCCCAGCAAAGACUCCAACCAAGACUGAGACUUGGCUCAGCCAGGCCUAGUUGGGUCGUCCCUGGAACUGAAAUUUGAUUCACCACUGCUGUGUAGAACUCCUGUGGCUGUCCCAUUCAUCAUUAGGUUGUCCUAAUGACACCAGCACUGAUUGGCUUAUUGGCCACCAAUCAGAAGCCCAGUGCCCCGUUGGGGAUCACUGUCUGACUUUGAAUCAUGUUGUGCACUAUAGUCUAUUGUACUGUAAAGUUAAAAGGGAAGUGCAAAAAAUGGGGUUAAAAUGAUCGAAGAUGAUGUGGACUCUGCACAUAUUUGCUGGAAAUACUCGACCCCUGUGCCCAAAGGGGAUUUUGUAGCUAAAUAAAAGCUGUGCACAGUCCUAAGAAUUUGUCAUUUAUUUUAUUCAUAAGUGUGCACAUACCUUAUAAAUUUAAAAAAAAUGCGUACUCUAUAUGGGAUAGGGAUGGGAGGUAUUGAUGGUUGAUAAAUGGCGAUGGAGCACCAUCAGCAGUGUAGAAAGAGGCAAUUCUUGAUUAUAAAUGGAAUGAAUACUAUCUGCAACUUUGACUUGGCCUGGAAUUCUGUGUGUUUUAUAAAUCUGCACUCACUCAUUUUGUCUAGGAGUGACUGUGACAGGUUUACUUUUGUGUGCCAGGUUGUAGAUUUUGAGGUUCCAGCCCUUGUAAUGUUUCUGUGAAUAUACAGGCAUUGAAGUAAGCUGCAGCUUGGCAUAAGUUAAGAGUCCUGGGUGAAGGUGUUGAAGAUUAUUUGCCUCCAGCGUCUUGGAAUACGCAGAUGCACGUGUGAACAUGGCAGGCAUGACAUCGAACCACGAGGAAAAUAACAUUCACACCACAUGUCCAGACACACACUUUGUGCACGCGCACCAUGCAAGUGCUGCACACAAGAUAUAGUGUUAGAAGGCUGCUUGAACUGUUGCAUUAUAGGUGCUUUCUUUCUCAUCUGUUCUGUUGGUAUCUGGGCAUUAAUUUUAUGCCUUUGCUCAAACUUUGAUUUUUACCAACCUUAGAGGCAUCUCGCUUCGAAUUAUGUAUAUUAUAUUGUGAUCCAGUAUCAAAGUUUAAUUACUUCGUGAAUCUUGUUCCAUGAAGAAGCAAGGAAAGGUUUUAAUUUUCUGCUGUAUUUAAUUGACUUGACCUAAGAGGUAAAUCAUCUUAAGUAUGAAUUUAUUUUCAGCAACUCAAAAGAAAGCACAUGGGAUGACAAGCUUGUUUCAUGGUGAGAUUCACUUUACAUACACAACUGAAGAGCAUUAGGAAAUGGAAACUUUAACUGCUGCAUAAACUCCAUCGCCAUUUUUCCCCCUCGGAUUUCCCAGGUGGUCUCAAUUUUUAAUGAGACAGUUUUCUUUUUGGUUAAAGUAUUUUUUCAUGGCCAAUGCUGUUCACAAUUGAGUAACAUGCCAAUAAAACAUUUAUUCAUUCUA